AUGGCUCAAAUCGUAAGUUCUAUUUAUGACCUCCAGGGAUUGUAUGAUAACUUUCAUGAUAUGGAUUUGUGUGAAGAUUUAUUGCGUGGUAUUUAUAGUAGUGAUAUAGAGAAGCCAACGGAAGUACAACAGCUUGCUCUAAUGUUCUGUUUGCAAGGAUAUGAUGUGAUUGCCAAUGCGCCUAUAGGCACAGGGAAAACAAUUGCGCUGCUCAUUGCCAUAUUACAGAAAAUCGAUACAACGCUUAAAAAUUGUCAAGCUCUAAUCGUUGUUAAAAACUUUACAAUUGCAUCUCAAAUAAAAUAUCUGCUGUGUCAGUUGUGUAAAUUUAUGGACGUCGACAUUUUUGUUUACAUGCCUAACCAUAAGUUAAGUACCUGCCAUCAGAUAGUUAUUACUACACCCAUCCAUGCAUUGCACUUUGUUAAAACACCAGAUCAGUCUGAAGGCAUAAAAUGUUUACUCUUAGAUGAUAUUGAAAAUAUUUUAACAUGUCAAAAUACACGUAUGCUUGAACAAUUAUGCCAUUCUUUGCCGUGCAAAGUUCAAAAAAUGCUCUCGACCACUAUAUUAUCGAAGAAGGCUUAUCAAACGUGCUGCAGCUUAAUGAAUAAUCCAAUCAAAAUUCAAUUGGAGAAUAAUAAAAGGCGUCUAGAUGGUAUUAAGCAAUAUUACAUUGCCAUUAACGAAAUUUGGAAACUGAAUACCAUUCGAGACCUGUACGAAACACUACCUCUAAAUCAAAUUGCAAUAUUUUGUUCUUGCAAGUGCAAGGUAGCAUUAAUAAGUCGAGAGUUGAUAAGGCAAAACUUCACUGUCGUAACUGCAUAUGAAAAUAUGCACCCUCUAGAUCGCCAGAUUAUGCUACAUACGUUUUGUUCUGGUUCAGCACGAGUAUUGAUAAUAACAGAUUACAUGGCACGUCGCAUAUUAAUACCACAGGUUUCUUUAAUAAUUAAUUAUGAUCUUCCUGUGAAUCCUAGAAACUAUUUGUACCGUAUUGGUUGUGUCAAACGAUUUGGACGGAAAGGUAUGGCGAUAAAUUUAAUAUCAAAAAAGGAAUCUAAAAAUUUGGAAAAAAUAACGAAGUAUUUUAAUACUCAAAUUGAAGAAAUGCCGGCUAAUAUAUUAGAUCUGAUAUACUAA